AUGCCCAAACCAACAGUACUGUUAAUCGGCGGACUAACCCAUACCAAUAAAGAAUGGGAAGCCUUCAGCUCAAAGUAUAAUCUCAAGGAGUUCCGCAAGGGUACACGCGACGAAUUUCUCCAAAAUUGCAAAAACGGUGAUUACGACGAUGUGGUUGCUCUCUAUCGUUCAAAUACAUCAGUAUCAGAAACCGGCCCUUUCAAUCAAGAACUGAUUUCCGCACUACCCAAGUCGAUCAAAUAUAUAUGUCACAAUGGUGCCGGUUACGAUAACAUCGAUGUCGAUGCAGUCACCACCAGAGGUCUACAAGUCUCGAGUACACCCAUCGCCGUGGAUGAUGCCACUGCUGAUAUUGGCAUUUUCUUGUUGCUGGGUGCCCUUCGACAAGCAUGGCCCCACUUGGCCGCUAUCAAGGCAGGAGGUUGGAAGGGAAAGGCUCCGCUUGGCCAUGAUCCCAAGGGAAAGGUGAUUGGCAUCUUAGGAAUGGGAGGUAUUGGCAGGGCAUUUGCUCACCGAGCACGAGCAUUCGGUGCAAAGAUCGUCUAUCACAACCGAACUCGCCUAUCGCCCGACCUUGAAGAGGAUGCAACUUACCUAUCAUUCGAUGAACUCCUGGCUCAGUCUGACGUACUCAGUCUCAACUUGGCCCUUAACCCCAAGACUCGCCACAUUAUUUCCGCCCCCGAAUUCGCCAAGAUGAAGGAUGGAGUAGUGAUUGUGAACACGGCUCGAGGCGCAUUGAUCAAGGAGACAGACCUGGUCGCGGCUCUCGAAAGUGGAAAGGUAUCCGCAGUAGGACUGGAUGUGUUUGAGGAUGAGCCCACCGUGGAAUCUGGGUUGGCACAGAACCCUCGUGCUUUCAUCGUGCCUCAUCUUGGAACCAGCACAAUCGAAACUCAGCGAGACAUGGAAUUGUUGGUAUUGAACAACUUGGAAAAUGCCGUCGACAAAGGAUCUUUGUUGACACCCAUUUCGGAGCAGAAGGGUAAAUUCAAUAAUGGGGGUCCAUAA